GGUGGAUCUAGCGCCCUCAAGCGGCGUACUGAUUAGCAAGCUUCCAUAAAAUAUCCGCGCAAGUUUCUACUUUAUUUUGAAGAAACAUGUUACCGCUGUCACUCCUGAGAACGGCUCAAAACCACCCUAUGCUAGUGGAGUUGAAGAAUGGGGAGACGUACAAUGGACAUCUGGUUGCAUGCGACAACUGGAUGAACAUCAACCUCAGGGAAGUCAUUUGCACAUCAAGGGAUGGAGACAGAUUCUGGAGAAUGCCAGAAUGCUAUAUAAGAGGAAGCACUAUUAAAUAUCUACGCAUUCCUGAUGAGGUGAUAGACAUGGUUAAAGAGGAGGUGGUUGCAAAAGGGCGUGGUAGGGGUGGAUCUCAACAAAGAGGGCGUGGUAGGGGAGGACCAGGAAGAGGAGGUUAGUACACAUUGACAUCA